CAACAGGAAGACCUGUGCAGCGUGGGAAGUGUGUGUGUGUUUUUUAAGAGAGUAAACUUUGACAGCUGCAGCGAUGCCAGUUCUGCUUAAAAUUUCUGCUUUUGAGUAAUUGGUUAAUUUAAAGAUAGAAGACGGUUACUCUUUCAAGAAUGAGUAGUCUGUGGAUGGGAAACCUUGAGCCUUACAUGGAUGAGAAGUUUGUCUCCCGUGCCUUCGCCACCAUGGGAGAGCUUGUCAAGGGAGUCCGAAUCAUUCGAAACAAGAUGACAGGGUCAGCAGCUGGUUACUGCUUUGUAGAGCUUGCAGAUGAAGCAACAGCAGAGCGAUGUCUUCUUAAAAUCAAUGGGAAACCCCUGCCAGGGGCAACGCCGUCUAAAAGAUUCAAGUUAAACCGGGCCACUUAUGGAAAGCAGGGUGACAGCAGCCCCGAGUAUUCCCUGUUUGUUGGUGAUCUGACUCCUGAAGUAGAUGAUGGGAUGCUCUAUGAAUUUUUCCUGAAGCGAUACGUGUCUUGCCGGGGAGCGAAGGUGGUUUUGGACCAGCAUGGCAACUCCAGAGGCUGCGGUUUUGUGAAGUUUAUGGAUGAAAAUGAACAGAAACGGGUUCUUAAGGAGUACCAGGGAGCAUUGGGGCUCGGAGGAAAGCCGUUGCGAUUAAGUCUGGCAGUAACUAAAGCGAGUAAGCCAGCGCCACCCGUAGCAAGCUAUCCCCAAACCUACAACUACAACCAAAUACCAUACAAUCAGUAUUACCAGGAGUACCAGGAGUACCAGCAGUACCAGAAUUACUACGCUAACUGGGGCUAUGAUCAGAACACAGGGAGCUACAGCUACAGCUAUCCCCAGUACGGGUACACACAGAGCGCCAUGCAGUCCUAUGAAGAAGUAGAUGAUGAUGCCCUUGAAGAUCCAACCCCCCAGAUUGAUGUUGAAGAAGCCAACCGGCAGUUUAUGGAGCAAAGCGAGGAGCUGUAUGACGCACUAAUGGACUGUCACUGGCAGCCUUUGGACACUGUGUCUUCAGAAAUCCCGGCUUCGCUGUAGGCUUUGUUUCAUUGGAGGAGUGAUGUGCAUUAAUCAGACAAUCUGCAUUCAACAGCAGAGAGGACACACUUCACUGUUCUGAACACUUUGUCUUUUUAAAUGAUUUGAAGAACUAUGUUGACUAUUGUUUAAAUUCAAGAACUGUCAGCCAAGGGAUUCAACUUUUCAAUCCCUUCUAUAUAUUGCUGGGGGGGGGUCGAAAAGGACUUCCGUUAAUAUGUCAGUUUUUGGGGGUUAUCCUGGGUAAAUUAACAGAGUAUUUUGGAACUUUUGUGUUUUUAUUUAAAAUAUAUAUAUUAUGCUGUAUAUAUUAUUACCCAGUUUUCUUUUUGUUGUCUGUAAAAUAUAAAUUCACAUCGAGCCCCAAAACGGCAAUGGUAUGUGUGUAAGGGUUAUUUUAUUCUGUUGACUUUCUUUAAACAGAACCCCCCCCCCC